AUGGUAGGUGGCAAGCUUGGAUACACAUGGGAGUGGAAGAAGGAUGGAGCUCACGACCACUACACCAGUCUCUCGGGAACAGUGAGCAAUCAGCACAAGGGGGGUUACGGCGAGGACAAUGCAGCCAUCUGGUGGCUGGACGAGGACCCAGGGACAAAGCAGGACAUCCCCAGGCCAUUGCGCGUCUUGCUGAGCGUCAACCCGGGGGGUCAACAUGGUCACUGGCAUGCUGACCUUGUGGGAACCGGCCAGAGUGAGGCGAUUGACCCUGUCAUAAUUGACGCUGGGCUCAGAUUGAACAGCGAGGAUGACAGGACUAGUCUGACGGAAAUGGGAAAGAGGGACUUGGCUAAUUUUGUUCAUGCCGCUUAA